UUGCGUCUGUUGAGAGAAACGCUGUUUUUCUAAUCUUAGGUUAAGGUUCUGUAAAUCGUAACGCAGGAGGAGAGGUGGGGCUUGCAGCCUGAGAGUCCAAACUCUGGGCAUGAACGCGCCCUGUGUUUCCCUCCACCUGCUGCUGGUCAGUCAGGUUAAUGGCUAAACUACCUACCAGGUGAAAGCAGCCUGAAACCCGGAACAUAUACGCCACGAAUGGGCUGUGGAGUGAAAACGAUUAGGCCUAUAUUUAAGUCUUUGUCUCAGUUGUCAAACUCUGCCUUCAUGUUUUUUUACACCGAAAUGUCAAAACGACACCGAGCGUCAAGUUAACGUGAGAGGUGACCCACGAGCUGAACGUCAGCCCUGACCGCGCAGAGGUGCGGGACUUUAAUACGGGACUUUCCAGCGGAUUAUGCCCUACCCGGAAUGGACCGGUAUAGGUAUCUUAUUUUUAACCAGAAGAGGGUGCUCGGUCUCGGUAUCCUGCAGGUAGCUUGUGCGGGUCUUUGCGUGGUCUGUGGGUUUAUGGACGCUGUUUUCCGCAAGGAUACCCCACUGAGUACCACCAGGACCCCGGUGUGGGGAGGACUGAUCAUGGCCUGUCCAGGUGUUUUGGCGCUGUUUGCCUCCCAGAGGAAAAACUCAGUACUGGUGAGUGUGAUGGUGGCAGCAGCAGGGCUUUCCUGUGUGGCCAUGCUGUUUAUAUCAGGCUAUGCCUGUCUGACGCUGACAUACGGGGAGGAGGAUGAAGAGGUCUUUCACCAUCAUGACAGUCCUGAAGUGACAUUUGUGCUUCAUCGGAUGGUGAAGGGGGCCAACGCCACCAUACUGCUGACCUGCAUCAUCAGCCUGGCCCUCUCUUCUCUCAUUGGCUUCCUGGGCUGUCGCAGCCUGCCCUGCUGUGGCUGCUAUGAUGCCAGAACUGGACUGGAGACACUCAUUCCUCAGUGUGACCCUGGGGACACGGAGAUGGUGUGUACCUGGCAAGGUGGUGAUGACAGACUCUUCAACUCACCAGCUCAAUCCUCUGACCCAGGCAUUGUUGAAGAAGAGGAGGGACCCUCUAAACUGCCUCCAUACAGCAGACUGACCUGACACACACUUCUCGUGACAGAAAGCUGUGCAUGAACUACCUGCAUGUUUCUUACUUUUUGUGGAUGAACCGAAUGGCUUGAAAAAUGGAAACGUUAUAGAGAGAACUUUUAGAGGCUCCUGAUUAGACUGUGCCCUUUGUAGCCAAACCUUCUGAACUCAUAAAUCAUGAGGCAUUUUAUGUGUAUUCAGUAAAUAAAACUUGACCAAAUUGA